CGCAUAAAAUUUUGGCUCGCUUCUUCGAAAACAAACGCCACCCGGCCAAACACAUUCACUCUACCUUCUUGCCCCUUUGCAGAAGAUAUUGGCAUAUAUUGCCAAGGAUAAAACACCCUAAAACCCUAAUCAAUAACUGAAUUCUUCGAGUACCCAUCUUAGGAAUUGGUAGAAUUCGAAGCAGAAAUGGGGAAGCUGCCACCGUCAGUGAGAUCACCAGUCCAGUACGGUCUAACCAGUCUGAAGAAAACAGCAUACUUUUCCCCAAAGCCCCAAAUAAUCCCCAAGAAGAAGCCCGAAGUGAAGAGUCCUCACUCACAGUUUCAGCCCCCCCUCAUCACCUUCACUUCCCCUAGUCUCUCAGAAGCCAAAACCCUUUUCACCUCUCUCAUUUCCAGUCGCAAGAAGACCACCCCUUUUAACCUCAGAUUCUACAACACAGUCCUUCAGUCCUUCUCCUCGGUUUCAACCCUCCAAGAUGCAAUCUUUUUCUUGAAUCACAUGGUCAAGACCCACCCGCCAUUUUUGCCCGAACGGUCUACCUAUCAUGUUCUUCUUAUCCAGGCUUGUAAAUCAGCAGAAGAAUCUUUGUCCCCGGUGUACCAGGUACUCAAUUUGAUGAAUACCAAUGGGUUCCCCCCUAAUACGUUCUCAAUUGAUAUUGCUGCUAGGACCCUUUGCCUCUCGGGCCACGAAGAUCAUGCCGUUGAACUGGUGAAGGAUCUUUGUAGUAAGAAUUCACCUCCUGAUUCAAAUACUUACAAUUUUCUUGUAAAGCAUUUAUCCAAGAAUCGGUCAGUGAGCAACAUGAAUGCUUUUGUUGAUGAUAUGAAGACGAAGUUCGGCAUAAAGCCGGAUCUGGUCACUUAUACCAUUAUGAUAGAUAAUGUUUGUAAUAAAAAGAAUAUCCGGGAGGCAACACGGUUGUUGGAUGUUUUGAGCAAGGAAGGUUACAAACCUGAUAGCUAUGUGUAUAAUACAAUUAUGAAGGGGUAUUGUAUGUUGAGCACGGGGGGUGAGGUGUUGGGUGUUUAUAAGAAGAUGCUGGAUGAAGGUGUGAAACCUGACCUUGUGACAUAUAAUACGUUGAUUUAUGGGCUCUCUAAGUCCGGAAUGGUUCAGCAGGCAAAGAAGUUCUUGAGGGUUAUGGUUGAAAACGGUCAUGUUCCAGAUGCUGUCACGUACACUUCAUUGAUGAAUGGGAUGUCUCGCGAGGGGGAUGCCAAGGGAGCAUUAUCUUUGCUUGAGGAGAUGGAAUUGAAAGGAUGUGAACCAAAUUCUUGUACGUAUAGUACGUUACUUCAUGGUCUAUGCAAGGCAAGAUUGUUGGAAGACGCUGUUGGAUUGUAUGGCACAAUGAAGCAGAAUGGCAUGAAGCUUGAGAAAGGGUCUUACGGAACAUUUGUUCGCGCUCUCUGCAGGAAUGGAAGGGUUGCAGAAGCAUAUGAAGUGUUUGAUUAUGCUGUGGAUAGUAAGAGUUUGACAGAUGUUGCCGCAUACACCACACUGGAGAGUACAUUGAAGUGGCUGACAAAAGCUAGGGAACAAGGACUCGUCGUCUAACCUAUGCAUCUGGCCUCUUAUGAAACAAAUUAAUGCGGGACUGACCUGAGUAUGCAUAGCAAGGCAAGAAAUGCUGCUCUAUAGCCUACCACCAGUGGGAUUUUCAUUUUCUUGGCGUACCUACGGUUUCCGUCCAGGAUGAAUGCAACGUGUUUGGGGAUCACGCCCGCGAAAAGAAUGCGGAAAACCAAUCCUCGGAGGCACCUGAACAAACUCCCGAAGAACCACCCUACGAACGUCUUUUGGUUUCGCACAUCCAUUUCCUUGGUUCAAAGAUAAGUGACCCCCACGUACAAUCAGGAGGCUAAAAUGAUAGUAUUUGUGAUGAGGACGAAUUUUUGGCAUGAAAUGUGUAGUUUGUUAAUCACAGCAACUCAAUGAAAUUAAGGGUUAGUU